CUGAUCACGUUUGCCUGGUACUGUCCUGGGCAAUUCAGUUCAAUGCUUGGGAAAAGCCUAAUCAAAAUGGCGUCUAGUUACGAAGAGGUGGACUUGGAUGACCUUCAAGAUUGUAGCCACUAUUUGCGAAAAUGUUGUUUAGUGGCUCCAUGCUGCAAGAAAUUUUUUAUCUGUCGUCUGUGCCAUGAUAUCUCAGAGAGUCACACUCUUGACAGAUAUAGUGUUGAAGAAAUUGUUUGCAUUCAAUGUAAAUUAAAACAGGCUGUUACUGAUAGAUGCAUUAAUUGCCACAUCAAAUUUGGUCAUUAUGCUUGCCUAGUUUGCAGAAUGUUUGAUGACAGAGACAAAAAACAAUUUCAUUGUGACAAAUGUAGAAUAUGCAGAAUUGGUGGUGAAGAAAAUUUUUUUCAUUGUCCAAAAUGUGACAUGUGUUUGGCAAUAGGCAUAAAAGAAAGUCACAAGUGUAUAGAAAAAAUAUCGCGAUCUGACUGUCCAGUUUGUUUAGAGGAUAUGCAUACAUCGAGAACUCCAUUGUUGGUACCGAGCUGUGGUCACAUGAUUCACGAGGGAUGCUACAGUGCCAUGAGAAAAACAGGAGCAAUAACAUGUCCGAUUUGUUGUAAAAGUUACGAUGAUGCGGCAAUGGUUUGGAAAAGACUUGAUGAAAUAGUAGGAGCGACGCCGUUAGAUGAUAAAUACAAGGACAUUAAAAUGAAGAUUCUAUGCAGAGAUUGUCACAAGGAAUCUGAGGCCCAGUUUCACAUAGUUGGUAUAAAAUGCGGAGAAUGUGGUUCAUAUAAUACUUGUCAAAGCUAGGAAUCUAGCUGUAAAAUUUCGCGAAUCGUAAUCAAUUAUAUGGAGAUUGACUGACCGGUGUUAUAAUAAACGAAUCCUUCGGCGCAUAAAUUCAAAUGCAUAGUCUUACGAAUAUCAAUAAUGCGUUUAAAUGGCAGUACUGCACAGGACACAGCUGCAGCACUUUCUGAUUUGGCUCCAUUCUAGGUUUGCAGAGUGAGAGUUUUCUUAGAUUCGUUCAUUUUGCAUUCGGUCAAGAGUCGUUCGUUUUGCAUCCAGUCAAGAGUCGUUCGUUUUGCAUCCAGUCCUGAAGACAGGCUUCUCCCUGUUUAUCUUAUUUUGAGUCCACAUAGAGCAGUUGGUGAGAAUUUUCUGGAUUUACUUCACAGUGGAGUGGCACAUUCUCAAGGCUUGAUACUCAAAAACGUUCGCAGUUGGCAAUGUUCUCAAAGCAGUGUUACUUGGCUUUGCAAAUAGAGCGUUUUACAUUUUUAUGCUCAUUCCUUCGGACCCGCACUGAUAGAGCCUCCUUAAAGUAAGAGACAACGGACAGGGUCCUGUAAAACUAAAAUUCCAUGCAAUGCUUGAAGUUCGCUUGGUGAUUUAGGCCCUCUGUUAGCAUAUUUCUUCUAAUUGGACGGAUUGUGAGAUCAGUCUAGCGUAACAGUAGGCAGAAAAUGAGCCUAAGCCUUCUCAGCGUUUUUAAUCUUUUUGAAUGUAGCUCACAUCAUUGAUGAAAAGAGUCCUAAAAACAUAAGAUUCACACGAAUGCCUUGCCUGAAUCAUUCGUUAACAAGUUUGAUUAGGCUACAUCAAAGUAACAUUUCGUAUCUAGCACCUAUGUCCUUGCUAUGGAAUCUGCGUAGCUUCAUGCUACUUAUACAUUUCCCACUAUAUUUUCACUCACGUUGUCUUCUCGGUAGAACGAAUUUUGAAUGAUGAAAUGCUUUUGUAAAAAAAUAUUGUCAAAUUUUUAAAAUGUAUGCUAAAUGAGCCAGUUAACAAUGUAUUUUUGAAAUAAUUGCCUUCGAGUAUCUGGAUGCUCUGGCACCAAGUGUAUGUAAAAGGCAGUGCAUCGGCUUCAAUGCCACUUAAUUCGAACCCCAACGUAGACCAAAGUCACACAUGGUUAACUGAGCUUGUUUCUUAUUUCCUUUUGUUGCAGAGGUUUAUUUAUUAAUCUAUCAAUGCCUUUAAAACGUUAUGAAUGAAUCAACAUUUGUUCUAAAUUCAUAUAAAAGAA